AUGGAUGAACAUUUACAAACUAUUGCCAAUCUUUCCGCAGCGAAAUUUCGUGAUCUUUGUGCCGCUGCCAAAAGUACACAAGAAAUGUUAAACAGUAACGAUGUAAUAAUGGUUACACUAUACGGUAAAUGUCUUCAUGUGUUGCAAUUAGCACUUCAAUGUAAGCAUCAAAAAAUUAAUCAAGCUGCUGUUGAUUUACUUCAGACAUUAAUUCGCGAUGAACAUUUUCUGAACAAAGCGACAACUUCUGAAAGUGACACCUUGAUGAUGUCAACAUUAAAGUCGAUAACCCUGUUACCAGUAAUCAAGGCUCCCAUUCAAUGUCGCAUCCUAACGCUAAUAGUUGAAAUAAUGUGUAAGGAAGAACGACGAGUAACAAUUGAAAUGGUAAUGGAAGCUUUAACGUUAUGCAUGCAAACAUAUGGAAAUGCCGAAGAAAGAAGUGUUCAACUGGCUUGUCGCGCAGCUAUCACUCAGAUUUUUAGCUUCUUUUGUACAUUGUCACAGAAUAGCCAUUACCAGGAACAAAUUGUCAUUCUUAUGGAUACUACAUCAUUGCUGAAUGAAGUAAUCAAAUGCGCAAAUGUCACAAAUCCACAAUCAGAUCAAAUUAUCAUCGUGCUAGAUGCCAUAUGUAGUCUUCUUAGUUCACAACCAAUUAGCAUUAUCAAUCAUCAGCCAUUCAUUAAUACUAUAUGGCGUGAAUUAAGUCCAUGCAUGAUGAAAAUGUUGGGAGAACCAGAAAAGAGUACUCGUGAUAUUACUGAAGGUAAUGAACCAUUUGGACGAGGUCAAAGGUCGGUGACGACAAACAGUAAAACGGUUUUCGAUCAUCCGGAAAUUUUACUCUCGCUGUAUCAGAUCGUCGAGCAAUUAUUAAGAAUUCUUGCCGGUAUUCAUGGAAUGCGCAGUGUAUUGGAAGCAAUAUUUCAUAAAGCUUUGUUGUAUCCAAGAGUGGAUCAACGUUCGGAAGCUCUUCGGUUCAUCCGGAAGAUUACUAAGAAUGAAGAACGUCUUGCUAAUAUUAUUUCAAUUUCGAUGAGCAGUAAAACGAUCACACUAUGGACUAUCAUUGUUGAUUGUAUUGUUGAAUGCAGUAAUUCAACGAAUAUUGACAUAGCUUCAGAAGGACUUCGAACAUUACAGACUUUGCUAACCACAGUAUCCCAAAUGUGUGAAGCUGAUAGUGAUGGGAUAUUGUCCACAGAACUAAUUGAUUCCAUUUUGGCCUAUUUUCCGACGGAUGACAUCACAUUAGCUUCAACUAUUGAUGAUGAGAUUUCAGAAGAGCGUGAUAACAAACAGGACGAUAUAAAACGAAAUAGCUCAUUGGAGAAUUUGGAAAGUACAGAUGAAAUAACCGAAGUACUCGAAAAAUUGACGACAAAAUACAAAGGAGAAGAAACGGUUGCGAUGAUUUGCUGUGAUUCGGCGGGUAAUAAAUCAGCUGAAAAAGAAAUAGAAACAGCAAAUUGCUAUGUGAAUGAAUUGCGGAAUGUUAUUCCAAAAUGGUUGCAAAUUAAAAGCACGAUUGAAGUUGAUGAAGCAAUUCAAGAAUUUGCAUCCAAUUUCUUUUCUGAAUUCAUGACAACUCAGAAAGAUGCUUUCGAGUUAUACGGUCAGACACAAUCACAUUUCCUGAAUUCUGAUGCCAUCUAUCUUACAACUUAUGCAGCACUAGCUGUUGUUUUUUAUAAAAACAACAAGCAAACCUUCAACAAGUUUUGGUUCAUUAAUGAAGUACUGCAUAGUGAUUGCAUUGUAUAUAGCAGUGAUCAUUGGCUUAAUACGGUGUAUGAAAAUUUGAUAAAAUUGGAAGUGGAAUUUCAACCUUUAGAUGAUGUCAUCAAAAUGCCACUAAUAAGUGUUAUUGAAGAUUACACUGGAUGUAGUGCUCAAACAAUGAGUGAUAUACGACGAAUACAGCAAAUGGUUACGAAACGGAGUAAGCAUUCAUUAGCUGCUUGUAAAGCAUACCGAUGGCUUUUAUCGUCAAGUUGGAAUAAAUUACUAACAGCAUCAUCAAAGUUACUUUCCCUUCGUAACAAACAACAUCGUAUUGUUCGUCCAAAAGCUGCUGAAGCUUUUGAUAAGGCUGUAUAUACAUUAUUAACCUUUGCUAAACUUUGCCUGAAAGACUGUAAUCAAGUGAUCAUUGAACGGCUUGUCAUGGCAACAUGUCCUUUGGAUGAAUUGAGAAGUUUUGCAAUUCAAGAAAAAAUAGAUUCCGUAACAGAACGACUCAACCGAUGGCCAUUACGGAAAGGAGAUGUCAUCGCAAUGCUAACUAUUUUGGAUAUUGCUAUUGAUUGCGGGCUUUAUGCACCAAAAUGUUGGAAUGAUAUCAUCAGAUGCACCGAAUAUAUCUGGCAAGUAGAGAAAUAUUUUUUUGGUAUUAUAAGUCAAGAUCAGACCAAUUGGAUGUCACUUGUCCCUUCCAAUGGUGAUAAUGCUGAUAAGGCACAACAUAUUGAUGAUAUCCUGUCUGAUAUUGAUAGCGAUAACCUUAACAGUCAUACGGCUUGUCGAAUUCUUCAAUUCUUGAUCUCAGAAGUAAACAGAUUUUACGAACGUGCUGGUAAGGAAUUGAAUUUAGCAUCACUCAGCGAAUUAACGGAAAAUUUAGUAAUGGCUAGUGAAAAUUACCAAUACCACGUGAAUUCACAAAAGCCAAACUCAUUGGCUGAUCCAACAGUAAUCCUGGGACGAAUAUUUGCCAUUUCAAUGACACUUUCAACGAGGCCUUUAAUCCAUGUAAUGAAAAUAUGGCCUAAAGUGUCACAUUAUAUAGUUCAGUGUGCUUCCUCACGUAGUAAUGGAAAAUUAAACCUUUUUGCUAUCGAAGGUUUGGGUAUUUGUAUAGCAAAAUUAAUGAUCAAUGAAACGAAUGGCUUUUGCUACAAUCAACUCAUCUUUCAACCAUUACAAAACAUUCUUUGUGCGGAGAUGUGUUUGGAAGAAUCACAGGAACAGAUUGUCACAUUGUUGGCAACAUUUGUGCAUUCACACGCAAAUAUUAUUGGCUCCGGAUGGCGACCGUUAUUUAGUGCUUUGAAAGCAUUACGAAUUGAAGACCAUUCAGGCAUGUUUAGAACUACUUUCAUUACCAUUAAUUAA